AAACAUCAUCUUCUCUCUCUCUCACGCACACUCGUCCUUGGAAACAACGAAAAGAGAGAGAAAGAAGAAGAAGAAUGGCGAUAUGUAAUACGAUUGCGUGUGGAGUUUCCGUAACCGGGUCCGGUUAUGUCGGGUUGAGACCCGGUUCCUCGAAGCUGCUUCCGUUGAAGAACUCUGUUUCCUGGAGCUCGAAGACGUCCUCUAAUGGCUCCAAAACUCUCUGCAUGAAGACAUGGAAUCCGAUGAAGAACAGGAGGUACGAAACGCUGUCGUAUUUGGAGCCUCUGUCCGACGAUUCAAUCGCCAAACAGAUUGAUUACAUGCUUAAGAAAGGAUGGAUUCCUGCUCUCGAAUUCGACGAGGAGGGGAGGAUAGAGAGGGAGAACAGUAGGAGGCCGGGGUACUACGACGGGAGGUACUGGACGUUGUGGAAGCUGCCGAUGUUCGGGUGCAGUGACUCGGGGCAGGUGAUGAGGGAGAUCGAGGAGUGCAGAGGGGCUUACCCCAACGCGUACAUACGCUGCAUGGCGUUCGACAGCAGCAAGCAAACCCAGUGCAUCUCCUUCCUCAUCCACAAGCCCCAGCCCCAGGCCGUGGCCUAGUUACGCGUUUUACAAUGUCGGGCGCUGCUCUGUAAUAAGAAAGACCGACCACCUUGUGAUGGUUGAGAUCUUGGACCGACCGACAUCUUUCAUUUCA